AUGAAGUUCUCUAUCACCGCCGCUCUUGCGUCUCUAGCCGCUGCCGCCAACGCCAAGGUUGCCUUCACCAAUGCGAAUUUUGUCGUCACGCCUGGCAAGCCCUUCACCCUGACGUGGUCUGGCAAUACUGGCGAUGUCACCAUCGUCUUCGCCACGGGCGCGUUCACCGACCUGACGCCGGUUGAGACCAUUGACAAGGGCGACUCUGGCUCAAGCUUCACAUGGACGUGCCCGGCCGACAUCACGAGUGGCGUGUAUGCCUUUGAGAUCACGGACUCGGAGACGACCAACUACAGCGUGCAGUUCAGCCUUUUCGGCACGACGUCGUCUAGCAGUGCCGCCCCGGUCAGCUCUGCUGCCGCCACCAGCACCGCAUCCAAGACCAGCGCGUCUUCUUCUGCCUCGUCGUCGGCCAAGACUUCGUCGUCGGCUUCCGUCUCGUCGGCCCCUGCCUCGUCGGCCCCUGCCUCAUCGGCUGAGGCUUCGUCGGCUCCGGCUUCGUCUUCUGCUCCUUCAUCUUCGGCAUCGUCUUCGGCAUCGUCUUCUGCGUCGUCUUCUGCCUCUUCGUCGACCAACUCCACUUCGUCGCACUCGGCGACCAAGACGAGCUCUUCGAGCACCACCCUGAGCACCAGCAAGACCACGUCCACGGCGAGCAAGACGAGCGCUACCGCUUCGGCUUCUGCUACCGGUACCUCCGCUCCGGCCAACACCAACAGCGGCAUGAAGGAGAAGUCCCCUCUGGCCUUCAUCCUCGUCACCGUUGCUGCCCUGAUGUACUUCAACUAA